AUGAGACAGGAGUUCGGGGUGAAAAGCGGCGUGCAGCAUGGGCAGAGUCGACUCCGCGACGAGUCGGCAACUUUCACCUGGAGCGAGACGGCGGGCUCUCUUCUGAAGGUGAACAUCCGAAUACUGUUCUUCUGCGGCGCGUGGCCGCUGUCCGAGUCCGCCCUGGCCUACGCCUACAUCGGCGCCGUGCUGCUGGCGAGCCUCGCCAAUAUGGCCGAGGCCGCCCUGGGCAUCGCCUUCGGACAGGCCAGCAUGGACGAGAUCACGCUGGUGCUGCCCAACACGCUGACCACGGCCUGCGGCGUCGCCAAGCUGGCCUUCUUCCUGAGCGACCGCCGCCGCUACUUCGCACUGGUGCGGCGCACGGACCGCCUGGUGGCCCCCCAGCAGGGGCUGGCGGCGGAGGCGGCGGAGGCCGUCGGCCGGCGAGUGCGCGCCUUCGCGCUCUUCCUGGUCGCACUCGUCUGCGUCCAGGCCGUCGUCUGGUUCCCCAUGCCGCUCAUCGCCAGCCCGGGAGAAAGGAAACUGCCGUUCGGGCAGCUACCCUGGAGCAACUACACACAGGCGGAGGCGCUGUCGGUGGUGGCGUACAGCUGCCGGUGGGUGGAAGCCAGCAGGCGCUUCAAGCGCUCCCUGGCUAUCGUCAUAUUCCGGGCGCAGCAGCAGCUCGUCAUCACCGCCGGCCAUCUCUACCCAGUCAACAGGACAACCUUUGUCUCGCUUGUGAAUGCAUCUUACUCGUAUUAUGCGCUGCUGGGACAGAUCAACAAGCGUUGA